AUGACUAUUUCAAGCGACAUUGAUAAUUCCUUCAAGAGAUUGGAUGAAUUGCAGUUUUCGGUAUUCGCAAAGAUAAAUGAAAUAAUAGAUGAUAGUGACCCUACAGCAAACCAAGGUGAAGAAUCUAUUGAACUAAAACGAAUCAAAUCUACAAAAGAUGCCAACGGAUUAAUAUUCAAAUUUCGUGACAUGUUGAAGGUCAUAGAAAUUAACAUAUCUGGAGUUAGUGAUGAUCAAUUAUCUAUAAGAUAUCAAAUGUAUAAAGAAAAAUUAUCAAAUUUAAGAAUCAAGUUGAGGGAAAGUCAAUUGCAAUCAUACAAUUCAGAAAAUGAAUUGAUUCAUAAUCAAAGAAUUGCCAAAUACUCCUCUGUAAUAAGAGAUAAUUUUGACGAGUCUGACUUAAGAAAGGACUUGUUUUCGGGUCGUAGUACGAAGGAUGAUUCUAAAGUUAAGAACAAAACUAUACAAGAUCAAAUAUUGUCACAUAAUAAGUCGAUCACGUCGGCUUUGCAAUCAACUAGACAGUUAAUGUCGACUUCUAUUGUUCAAACAGAAUUGAAUAUAGACUCGGUUGAGCAACAAACGAAAGAUUUAUCCAAUUUGAAUGAUAAGUUUACCGAUUUCGAAUCUUUAUUAAACAAGUCGAAAAAUGUAGUCAGGUUUAUCGAAAAACAAGAUAGAAAGGACAAGAAUAACAUCUAUUUAAGUAUUGGGUUCCUUUUGCUGUGCAGUGCAUGGGUCAUUUGGCGCAGAUUAUUGAAGAUGCCUAUUAAGUUUUUCUUGUGGUCAUUAUUCAAGAUAUUCAGAAUAUUCAAUAGGAUGUUCGUUAAUUCAAGUAGCAAGGGUGAUGUUGACGUAUACGCCACAGUAGGGGCUAUUAGUAGCUCCUUAAUUGCAAGUAGCAUACUAUCAUCGAGUACAGGUACAAUAAAUUUAAAUGAAGAAUUUACGAUGAGUAUUGAACCCCAUGGAGAACAUAAAACCUGGGAAGAUAUAGUAAAUGAAGCUACGAGUAGAAUUGUUGAUGAACUAUGA